CUCUAACUGAAAGUUAUUAUUAUAAUUCACCUUGUACUAGAAGGAAUUGGAUAUAAUAGAGGCCGAAAAAAUCAGAAGAUAUGGGUAUCUCAAAGUUUCUCCUUUUAUUUGGAGCACUCUUUUGUGCCAUAAUUGCAAUUCAAGCAGACAAUAAUGGAAUGCAGAUCUUUGUAAAAACACUCACCGGCAAAAUCAUCACCCUUGAGGUUGAACCAUCAGAUACCAUUGAGUAUGCCAAAGCUAAAAUUCAACAAAAAGAAGGUAUUCCACCAAAUCAACAAAGAUUAGUCUUUGCUGGAAAGCAGUUGGAAGACGACCGGACUUUCUCAGACUACAACAUUCAAAAAGAAUCUACCCUCCAUUUGGUACUUCGUCUUAGAGGAGGCAUGCAAAUUUUUGUUAAAUCUUUAACUGGAAAGAGUAUUACACUAGAAGUAGAACCUUCAGAUACUAUUCAAAAUGUCAAAGCUAAACUUGAAGAUAAAAUUGGUGUACCACAAAGUCAACAAAGAUUAAUCUUUGGCGGAAAUGAUUUACAAGAUGGCCGUACUCUCUCAGACUACAAUAUUCAAAAAGAUUCUACAUUCAAUUUGGUACUUCGUCUUAGAGGAGGUAUGCAAAUUUUUGUUAAAUCUUUAACUGGAAAGAUUAUUACCCUAGAAGUAGACUCUUCAGAUACUAUUCAUAAUGUAAAAGCUAAACUUGAUGAUAAAAUAGGUGUAAUACCAAGUCAACAAAGAUUAAUCUUUGCUGGAAAUGAGUUAGAAGAUGGACGUACUCUCUCAUCCUACAAUAUUCAAAACGAUUCUACAUUCAAUUUGGUACUUCGUAUUAGAGGAGGGAAAUAGUAUUGUUGAAAUUGGGCAUAUUUUUAAAUUUUCAAUAAAUAAAUUAU